UAGCGUGGGGGAAGGCUGCGCGUACGCACCUUUAGAUUAUCCGAAGUACGUAGUGUUGUGUCGUGAUUGUGUUUGUGAUUAGUGUACUGUGGAUUCAAGGAUUUUUCUCACCCUAAGACAUUUAGAACGCUGUCGAAGCAAGCCUCAUUUAAAUGCACUAAACGGUCGUGGAUGUUCAAUAUAAUACAAAAAUUAUUACUUCAUAGUAUCAUCAAUACUAAUUGUACUUACGCGUAAUCCAGGAUGUUUCUUUAAGAUCGUCUUAAAGUGGAAAGAUUUCAAGUGGAAAUAUGGAGCCUUCCUCAUCAGACUACAGCGAUGAAGAGGUGGGGGUGCUAGCUCGUGGUCAGAAAUUAUGGGUGAGAGGGGUGCGGUCUCACACCACGUGUGCUGAUAUCGUCAGGGCCUUACAAGAUACUCCAGAAGCCAGCUGCUUAAGCGAACCAGGCGAGUGGGUUCUAGCUGAGCGAUGGAGGGGAGUAGAACGACCUUUACCACCAGAUGUGCCGGUGCUGCAUGUAUUGGCUGCGUGGGGAGAUGCUAGACAUGAAGUUCGUCUAUCACUUCGAAGAUUAUCCAGCGGUGGAGAAGAUGAUUCUGGGCGAGACAGUGAUGCUGGAAGUCGCAGUAGGACGAGAAGACGACGGAAAGGUCAUAGAGCAGCAACACCUCCACCGAGAGCUAAGAGUGAAGAGCCAGCAGCGAGACUCGUGUCUGUGAUACAGCAUCAGAGUAGGACGAUACACCAGCAACUUGAUAAGCUUAGGGAGCAGGAAAAACUUAUCGAUCAAUUAGAAGACCAAACACACAAAAGUAGAAUGGAAAAGCAUGGAACAAAUUAUCUGUUGGAAUCAUAUCUGAGAGAUCUCGGGAGAUGCAGUGAGGUAAAUGAUAGCCAAGCAGCCAAUAGUGACAGCGGUGUAGGAGUCGGCAGUGGCACGCCACCUAGAAGACACACAAAACACAAAUCCAGAAGAGAACGACACCUAAUGAGAGAGCACUACUUUACUAAAGAACUUACAGAUAUCUGCCAAGUAAACUCCGAAAGAUUGAUCCAAACGCACACCGACACAGAUUCAGAAGCAUCAGCCGACGAACUAACAAAAAUAAGAGAAGAAAUUGAACUUCUUGAAAAGCUCGCGAUUAUAAACAAAAGACUACACCGCGAAGAGGAACUAGUUGUUCGAUUAACAGCGAAGGUCAAACGAUAUACAGACGAAAACAAGGCAAAUAGCUGUGAAAACGUAUCACAAGUGACAAUGCUGAUUGACAAAAUAGAGGAAGAUCUUGCAAAAACAGCCCAAGAAAUGCAAGAUAACAAUAAAGAGCUGGAAAGAACAGAAAGUGAAUUGGAAUAUAGAACGAAAUUGUUAGAUGAAUUAACCUUACAAUUGGAGGAAGAAGAGUUACAAAAUACUAUUUUGGAAAGACAAUUGAAUGAGGCAUCAAGUCGACAGCCGAUAGCGUUACAAGAAAGUUACAUACCUGUUUUAGAUCAAAACCAGCCCGUCUUUACGUACACAGGAAACGGAUAUGUAUUAGAUACUCUUGUAUGACACAACCUGUACACAUAAAUGUAAAUAAUACGUAUUAGCCUUGAAUCUCCUAAUUUGUCUUCGAUAGUGUUGGUAGCUGAUAACUGGUAGGACAGUGCUUUCUUUCAACCUUUUUGGUUUUCUAUAUUGUCUUUAUGAUAAGUAAAAUUAUAUUUACAUUGCCACAAUCGAUGAUAUGUAUACAAUUACACUUUUACUUUAAAAAUAAAAAAGUAACAGAUAGGAUUGAAACUUGCAGUAAUAUCGACACUGCGAAUUAUCAAAAUAAAGUGUGUAUUUAACUAGACGGUCAAUCGACUUUUAAACUAGCCGAGUUUUUAAUAGAUAUUUCUUCAGUCAUAACAAGCCAGCUCUAUCGAAGGAAAAUACGAGAAAUAGGCUCAUUUUUUAAACGAAAAUAAAAAAUAAAUAUAAAUAUUCCAUUCUUAAUUAGUUCAUGUGCAUAUGUAUAGUAUUUUGUUUUUAUUCCAAAGAUAUAUUUGAAAUUACCAUAAGUUAGCUUCCGCGUGAUCGAAGUCCAAAAUUCUCAAGAAUUAGUUUUAUAUAAACGGUGCUAAGAUUAAUUGUAUAUAGUUAAGUUUUGUAUAUUUAUAUAUUGUCCCAUACCAAAAAAUGUACAACAGGACCACCAAUAUCGAUUGUAAUAAGUUAGACCUAGUCAAAUUGGUAAUAUGACAAUAAGUAAUAAUCUACAAGUUUGUAUUCAUACAUAUAAAUAAAGCUGACACAGGAAUUAAAAAUAACCUUUUUUUGAGGGCCGCAUAAAAAUGCCUUUUUAAUAUAUAUAAGUGCAUUUUGGCUCUGAUGUAUCAUAUAUUUUAGCAUGGCAACCCAGCUGGGAUCCUAAUGACUUGACAGCGCGCCAUGGAGAUGUGUUGCAGUACAAUUUAUCAAUCAAUUAUUCACUGUUACAAAUUGAAAUUAUUAAGAUAUGAUAAAGACCUGUCAGUAGCAUCAUACCACUGCCCUUCCGUGGGUUCUAUGUUCAUGAACCAGUCGUAAUCUCUACGAGGCGUAGUCGAUGUACUGGUUUUCAUAUUGAACCCUUAAUUAUUGAUGCUUUAUACUGAACUCCUGUUACCUUUAUAAUUUGUAAAUAUGUUAAUUUUAAUUAUGAGAGAUUAAAUAAAUCAAAUCACA